AACAAGUGUAUGAAAAAAAUCGAAAUGAAGCCAAAGAAAAAGAUUUUGUAAUGAAUAAUAAUAUCUGGCCGUGAUUAUAGAAUGGAGUAAAUGAAGAAAGGCCCAAUGUAAAUAUAUAUUUUUUGUCAAAAGGCCCAUACGAACGCUUUUCAUGGAUUAUUAUUAUCCUCUUCGUCCUGUAAACGCCACCGUUUCAUCUCGCAGAUUAAAUUUCUAACGACAGUCAUGUCUCCGUCAACGGCGUCGAGUUUCGUCGGCUCCAUCUUAGCGGUUGACGCCGCCGUCUCUGCCGCGAUUCACACGGCGGCGAAGCCAUUCCUCCCGCCGUUCAUCCUCCUUCUCCUGGAAAUCUCCGCCGAUUUCCGAUUCUCCUUCCCGGUCUCCCUAUCCCUCCUCCUCUCCCCUCCACUGCGCCCGUUCCUCAUCCCCUUCCUCCUCGGCCUCCUCCUCGAUCUGAUCUUCGUCGGAAUCGUGAAGCUGAUCUUCCGCCGCCCACGUCCCGCUUACAAUCAUCCCUCGAUGUCAGCUGCAGUAUCGGCCGAUCAUUACUCGUUUCCCUCCGGCCACGCGUCCCGCGUCUUCUUCGUCGCCGCCUCGGUUCACUUCUUCACUUCUGAAGCUCAAGUGGUUUCUCCGAGCUACUCUUUCUUAGACGGGUGGGUGAGGGAUCGUGGAGAGGGAGUUGUGAAAGGAGAGGUCUUGGUGGGUGUGUGGAUCUGGGCUACGGUGACUGCUGUGUCGAGGAUUCUGUUAGGGAGGCAUUACGUGCUCGACGUAGCUGCUGGUGCUUGCUUGGGUGUUCUAGAAGCUCUCUUUGCUCUUCGGUUUCUGAGAUUCGAACAGAUCUUGGGGUGGUGGUAAGAACAUUGUUAUUGUUGUUGAUGUAAUGUUUGUGACAUCAAUUGAUUUUUUUUUCGAUUACAUUGUCAAAAACAAUGGUUACUUUUAUGUUUCAUGAAUUCAAAGUUUGUGUCUUUUGGUUUCA